CGCGAGCGCGGCGGGAGGCUGCGUGUGGGCGGCGGCCGCGCCCGGGGUCGCGUCGGGGUCGCCUCUCGUCCCCCGGCUGCCCCUCGGCCCCGGUCUCGUCCGCCUCAGCCCGCCCCGUCGCCUCCCCGGGCCCGUUCUCGUCGGCGCCCGCCCUCCCGCCUCCCUGCGGCCUCCCCAGGGCCCCGGCGGGAUGGGGGACGACACCAGCCCCAUCAGCGUGAUUCUGGUGAGCUCGGGGAGCCGGGGCAAUAAGCUGCUGUUCAGGUACCCCUUCCAGCGGAGCCCGGAGCACCCGGCGUCCCAGGCGAAUAAACCCCAUAGCAGAUAUGCCGUGAACAGCACGGGGGAGCACGCCGACGACCAGGAUGGUGACUCCAGGUUUUCAGAUGUUAUUCUGGCAACAAUUUUAGCAACCAAGUCUGAAAUGUGUGGCCAAAAAUUUGAACUGAAGAUCGAUAAUGUACGGUUUGUUGGACAUCCAACACUGCUGCAACAUGCUCUGGGGCAGGUUUCCAAAACAGACCCGUCCCCAAAGAGAGAGGCGCCCACCAUGAUUCUUUUUAACGUGGUGUUUGCCCUGAGGGCCAACGCGGACCCGUCGGUGAUCAGCUGCCUGCACAACCUGUCGCGGCGCAUUGCUGUGGUGCUGCAGCAUGAGGAGCGGCGCUGCCAGUACCUCACCCGGGAGGCCAAGCUGAUCCUGGCCCUGCAGGACGAGGUGUCUGCUGUGGCCGAUGCCAGUGAAGGCCCCCGGUCCCCGUUCCACCACAUCCUGCCCAAGUGCAAGCUGGCCAGGGACCUCAAGGAUGCCUACGACAGCCUGUGCGCCUCGGGUGUGGUGCGGCUGCACGUCAACAACUGGCUGGAGGUCAGCUUCUGCCUGCCCCACAAGAUCCACUACAUGGCCGCCAACCUCAUCCCCCCGGAGGCCGUGGAGCGCAGCCUGAAGGCCAUCCGCCCCUACCAUGCCCUGCUGCUGCUCAGUGACGAGAAGUCCCUGCUGGACGAGCUCCCUGUCGACUGCUCCCCUGCCCUGGUGCGCGUGAUCAAGACCGCGUCUGCCAUGAAGAACCUGCAGCAGCUGGCUCAGGAUGCCGACCUGGCACUGCUGCAGGUUUUCCAGCUCGCAGCCCACCUCGUGUACUGGGGCAAGGCCAUCGUCAUCUACCCCCUGUGCGAGAACAACGUCUACAUGCUGUCCCCCAAUGCCAGCCUGUGUGUGUACUCCCCGCUGGCUGAGCAGUUCUCCCGCCAGUUUCCAGCACAUGACCUGCCAACAGUCCUCGCGAAGUUCUCACUGCCCAUCUCCUUGUCAGAGUUCAGGACCCCCCUGGCCCCGCCGGUACAGGAGACCCAGCUGGUGCAGAUGGUGGUGUGGAUGCUGCAGCGCCGCGUCCUGGUCCAGCUGCACACCUACGUCUGCCUCAUGGCUGCACCCAACGAGGAGGCCUCCCCACGCGAGGGCGACAUCCCCUUCUCCGCCCGUGUCGGCGGCCGGAGCCUCAGCACCCCGAAUGCCCUCAGCCUCGGCUCCCCAACCAGCAGCGACGACAUGACCCUCACCAGCCCUAGCAUGGACAACUCCAGCGCAGAGCUGCUGCCCAGCGGGGACUCGCCGCUCAACAGGAGGAUGACUGAGAGCCUGCUGGCCAGCCUGUCCGAGCACGAGCGGGCGGCCAUCCUCGGCGUGCCUGCGGCACAGAACCCUGAGGACCUGCGCAUGUUCGCCAGGCUCCUGCACUACUUCCGGGGCCGCCACCACCUGGAGGAGAUCAUGUUCAACGAGAACACUCGCCGCUCACAGCUGCUUACGCUCCUCGACAAGUUCCGCAGUGUGCUGGUGGUGACCACCCACGAGGACCCCAUCAUCGCUGUCUUCCAGGCGCAGCUCAAGUGAGGCUGGGGGCAGCGGCCUGGCUCCCGCCAUGUGCCUGUCACACAGGCCCCCACCCUUCUGCCUGCGAGAGGAGCUGGCUUCAGGCCUGCCCUGAGCACCGGAGGCUCUGGGUGGGAUGUGGUUGACACUUUCUAGGAACAAAAUGUUUAUUUGGUUUUUAAACAAUUAAAAGCCUCAUGAGAGCAGG